GAUGCCUCAUCUCCGCCACGCUUGCUCAUGAAUCAAGGACUCUAGAUUUGUGUGUGCACACACACCCAAACACACGCACACACACACGCGCACGCGCUUUUUUUCAUUCCCCUCCUUCGCUCUCUGAAGCCCAGGGAGAAUCAGUGACAGAGGUGUUUCAUUGUUGAGUGGGUUUUGCCUUUUUGUUUUUUUAAAAAAAAAAAAUUCAAAAGCAAUUAAUGAUCAGAUCUAGGGGAGAAAAAAAGAAACAAAAAAACAAACAACCCUGAAUAGAAACAAAACUUUUGAAUGCUGGAUUACAAAAAAAAAAAAAAAAAAAAAAGGUUAUCUGGACAGCUUCUUUGAGACUAUUUAAAAACUGGCCCAACAGGUCUCUACAACGUCAAGAUCUAACUAAGCUUUAAAAGGUCAAGAAGUUUUAUGGCUGACAAAGGAUUUGCUCCUGCGCAGAGGACCUUUCCCACCUAAGCUUCUGGGGAUUUGGGAAUUUCGCCCCCAUUCUCUUCCGUCUGUUGCAUCUCUCUGCAAGCAAGGGCUGAAAUCGUUUUCUUUUGUUGUUUCGAGGGAACCAGGAGGGUGGGGGGUGGCCUGAGCAGGCCGCAGGCAACUGUUUUAUAGGCUUGUCUUACUGGGCCCUGCCAAGUGGUUAUUUUCGCCUCCUGUGGGUUUGGCUUUUGUUGGUUUCUGUUUGGGUUUGGAGCGAGACUCUGGCUAGUGGCAUAAGGAGAACUUACUUUAACAAAUUUAUUUUUCAGCAACAGAGAGGUAGAUGUGACUGGCAACAACUUUCUACCCCUUCUCCUUUUUGUUCUACUCAGAACCAGAAAGCAUCCCUCCCAUCAGCAAACCCUGGGAUAGCUGGGAGUAUGGCCACCCUGCUCCACGAUGCGGUAAUGAAUCCAGCAGAAGUUGUGAAGCAGCGCUUGCAGAUGUACGACUCGCCGCACCGGUCGGCCCUCAGCUGCAUCCGGACCGUGUGGGGGACGGAGGGCUUGGGGGCCUUCUACCGGAGUUACACCACGCAGCUGACCAUGAACGUUCCCUUCCAGUCCAUCCACUUCAUCACCUAUGAGUUCCUGCAGGAGCAGAUCAACCCGUACCGGGGCUACAACCCGCAGUCCCACAUCAUCUCAGGCGGGCUGGCCGGGGCCCUGGCUGCAGCCGCUACCACCCCUCUGGACGUUUGUAAAACCCUCCUCAACACUCAGGAGAACAUGGCCCUCAACCUGGCCAACAUCAGCGGCCGGCUGUCGGGCAUGGCCAACGCCUUCCGGACGGUGUACCAGCUCAACGGCCUGCCGGGCUACUUCAAGGGCGUGCAGGCCCGCGUCAUCUACCAGAUGCCGUCCACUGCCAUCUCCUGGUCCGUCUACGAGUUCUUCAAGUACUUCCUCACCAAGCACAAGCUAGAGAAUAGAACUCCGUACUAAAGGAACGGGCUGUGGGAAAUGAUGCCAGAAUCUUUGAUGGUGCAAAGACUUUCCCUGACUGCUGCCCUUCCCCUGCCCUCACACCAAGAUUCCUGGGGCAGGGUGUUGGCAGGAUCUGCUCUUUGACGCCUUAGAGAGAGGAGAGGACGGGACAGCCGCUUACACGACGGCCGUCCGUCUGCAGGGACAUCCCAGGUGGUAGAACGUGUCGAAAGACUGACGGGGAGCGAGAAAGUGCUUUUUCUCUUCCUCCCCCCACCCCGCCCCCGAGAGCGAUGUAGCCUUUCUGCUUCAGUAUAGCAUCUCCUCCCCUAGAAUCGUACGUAGAUCACCCAGGAGGGAAGAAAAUGUGCAGUGACUGAAAACAUUAAAGAGGAAAAAAAAAUUAUGUAUAUAGAAGUUCCAGUACACAGUAUCACAUAGAUGGAUAAUGUUUAUCCUUUAUUUUUCUAUGUAGAAGUUUUGGGAUUUGCGUGUGUGCCUGUGUGUGUGUACAAGCAAGUGUUACAGCUGGGAAUAUAAAGCUGUUUAAAAAAAAAAAAAAUAGCUGAAUUCUUCCAUCGGGUUAAGUCAAAAGGCACCAAAGUAAUACGUUGCUCCACGUGGCCUAAAAUUGUGUUGAGCCCCCCCAGAUGGAAGUUCCACUUGAAUGUAAAAUAAUAAAUAUAAGGUUUAUAUUUUGAAUUUUCUUUUCAUAGGGGAAAAUGGUACGUUGAAAAACAAGUCAAAAUAAUGAUAUAAUACUUUUAGCUACUUUUUUUUUUUUUUUUUUCUUAAUCAGUUACCUUCAUGUGCCUUUUCCCUUGGUCUUUUCCUAGAAAUUCCAGGACCAAAGAUCUGGCCCUGGGGCUUUUCCUCUUGCUGUGUGCUCGCCCGCACGCACACGUACUGGGCGUCAGCACGGCUCACACUGGAGCACAGCGGCCCCAGUGGAAUUAGGGUGGCUGGUCUUACACUUACUGAAACCAUUUCCUUCCCUUGUGGGUGACGUGAAUGUAUGCCACGGGGGGCCAGCACUUAAAAGCCCUUGAAAUGCCAACGCUUGGCCACUUGUUGGGCGGGCAUGUGUGAUAAAUCCUACCUUGAUCCUAGGACUUAAUUCUCCAACAGUCUUUUAACCCAGGCACUUCAGGUAUUCUUGUCUGUGUGUGUGUUGACUAAAUCUCCUGAUCUCCUGUGUUUCCCUGUGCAGUUUUAGGGGUUUUAAAAAACACAGCAAGCAUAUCCACGGCAUUUGUCUGUACACCUGCCCAUCACAAAUUUCCACCUUAAGAGCCUCUCACCAUGCAGGGACAGGCCAGGCUCCCCAGCCCCGCUGCGCAAGGGACCCGGGCCCUCGUGCUCAGUCAGGACGCCUCUCGAACCAUCUUCAGCCUUGCUUGGUCCACGCCAGCUGGGAACACGAUGCCUUGUUUCCUGAAAUGGCCUAUCUGAGCCAGAUUAUCCCUGAGAGCAAACGCAAGCCUGUUUCCUCCAGCCAAGCCUUCCCAGGCCUCUCUCCGAGGGAAGACCCAGUGGCUUCACAGUUUCCUUUAGAGCUGUCUUUCAAAAUGAGCAGGAAGUACGUGUGUGUUUUCGUUCUGGUCGGCCUGGUCCUGACCUUGACCCUUUGCCUUUCGCCCUUCGCCUUAGGCACGGUCCAUGUCUUGCAUUCUCACCGAGGCUCAGACCUGGGCUCCUUCGGAUGCCGUGACUCCUGGGAUGAACUCAGGUGGUGCUGGGACUUUUGCAUCUCAGAACUUCGUGUGCUGUGCCUCUGGGAGUAGUUUGCAGGUCAAGGACAGCAGAAACCCACGUCAGGCAGCUCCCACACGUGCCCCGAUGAGCAGGGUCUUCUCCUGGGCUGGGGGGCCUGCCUGCUGACCUGUCCCACCUCGGAGUUAGCCCACCCCCAUCCCCCGGUGGAAAUCAAUUGCAGCGAGCUUCCCCACUCCGUUGCAGUUGCAUCCCCACUCAGGGAUGCCAAAAGCCCACGGAGACCAAACUGCUGGGGGAAGUGUUGACAUCUCUCUAAACAUAUACCCCGUCAGUGUUACAUUUUGCAAAUGGAAGAAAAUCUAGAUCGAAUUCUAAAAUAAUUACCCAACCACCCCUUUUUGUCCACUUCAGAUACACCACACUGCUGCGAAAUAUUCCUUAUUUCUUAUGGGAUUUUGUUUUCGAUGGUAUUGAGGAAAGAAACGGCUCACUUCUUUGGGAGAACUCCUUUGGGUCAGGAGAGAUAGAGUCUCCAGAUUUCAGAGUCGGAAGGUCUGAUCCUGGCUUUCCUUUCCCAGUGUGUAGGGAUCAGCUGGGAGAUGGGGGUGAUGCCACCUGUCCUGCCUUCCCCACUGGGUCUUCCAGAGGCUGAAUGAGCGAUGUAUCUGAAAAAGCUUUGAAAGUUGUGAAGCACUAAACAAAUAGAAGUGGUCAUGAAUUUUGUGGGAGGUAACCACCGCCCCCCGCCUCACCCUGAGCUCCAAAGCUUGUCUUGCUGCCCCAUGCAGACUGCGGCCCAGUUGACUGUGACUUUGACUUGGCCAAGAACGAAAUAGGAACAUGUUCUCCCCAUCCCCCAGCCCUGGCGAUGACCAACCUAAUGUAGUCAGUCACGGCACAAACUUGGUCACUGGUGUCUUUGGUGUCAUUGGGGUGUCAUCUGCCGCCCAGCAAUGCCACUUGAAUACAAUACUCAAUAACAGUGACUUCUGUCCAGACCAUGAUUUGUGAUCCAACCCCUCAUACAUCUGAGUUUUACUUUUUAGAAUUAAAAAAUUGAUUUUUUUUCCAAAUGGGAUAAAUCUUCAAUCCAUGACUUUUUUUUCUUAACUUUGGAUCGAAACUCGCUAGAUACUGGCCUGCAUCCUUUUGUGUGGUUUCUUUUUCUUUUCUUUUGUUUUUAAAUGCUGUUGUCUUGUUCCAAGAGCUGUCCUCCAAAGUCCCCCCCUAAGGCUGCACUGGCAACACGUUGUUAUACCAUUAAGGUUUUAUUUAACUUUAUUUAAGGAUGAUUGUGCCUGUUCAAUACAAAUGUACUGCUGCUUCCCACCUGCGAGACGCACGAUGUAUGUUACUAGGGUGGGCCAGUGUCCUUUCUUAAAUUCCUGUCGUAAAUAUCAUGGUUUCUGCCUCUUGAUUGUCACCAGUUCCUGGAAGAAGGGGAGAAAUGUGUGUUUCUGUGUGGGGAUAUUUCUUUUUUUUGUGUGUGUGUGGGGAUAUUUCUGAUAUGCUGCUACAGUUGUGACACUGGAGCUACAGAAAAUAAAGCCUUGAUCUUUGAA